AUGAGGUGGACUACCUUCCUGGUGGGAGCCGUGGCCCCUGUAGCCAUUGUCGCUGCUGGCCCUCGAACCCAGUCCCCCCCGGAGACUACAAUUGAGGAUAUCCUCCAGAGCAACAACCUCGAUGAGAUUCUCGCCAAGCACAAUCUGGCUCUCGUUCCCCGUAGUCAACUCACGGAUACCCUGACCGAGUUGACCGCGCUGCUCAGGAGACAGGAACACUACGACCGCGUCGACCCCAGAGUUUCCACCUUGUUCCGUCGACAAAACGCAACCAAUGCCAAUUCGGGCACGACAACGUCUCAAAGCUCCAGCACGCCUCUGGGCAACCAAAAUGGAAUUCUCGACGGUCUCCUGGACCCUCUCACGCAAGGUGUCCAGGGCAUCCUCGACCCCAUCGUGAAGCCCAUCACGGACCUUGUGGACUCUCUAAAAGCAGUCGCCUCGCUUCUCACUCCCGAAUUCCUCCAGGCUCUGCACGACGCCAUUAUUGGUCUCGCGAAGACUUUCAGGGAUCCCCUUCCCGACCAGCUACGCGACAUCGUCGCCACCGGCCAGCCCAUCAUCGAUUCGCUCGGCAAGCUUGACUUGCCAAGCUUACUUCAGCAGCUCGAGCCACUUCUCAAGGAGCUGGGUGGCAUUGACCUUGCUGGUCUCUUCCAAGCUCUUCAGCCUCUGCUUUCUGCUGACGAAAUCAAGAAGAUCAUCAGCAUCAUCGACGGAGCUGAGCCCCUCAUUGCCAGCCUCGGCAAGAUCGAUUUGGCCUCGCUUGUUGAUCAGCUUGAGCCCCUUCUCAAGCAACUUAGCACCAUUGAUCUCGCUGGCCUUCUUGAAGCCGUCAAGCCCCUUCUCACUGCCGAUGAGAUCAAGAAGAUCCAAUCCAUCAUUGAUGGCGCUGAGCCCCUCAUCGCCAGCCUGGGCCAACUCGAUUUGCAGGAUCUCAUCAAGCAGCUCGAGCCUAUUCUUAAGCAGCUCGGUCAACUCGACCUCGCCGGGCUCUUCCAAGCCCUCCAGCCUCUUCUGCAGCCUGAUGAGAUCAAGAAGAUCAUUUCCAUUGUUGACGGCGCUGAGCCCCUCAUCGCUUCCCUUGGUCAACUCGACUUGCAAGAUCUCAUCAAGCAGCUCGAGCCCAUUCUCAAGCAGCUUGGUGGUCUCGAUCUUGGCAGCAUCCUGGAAGCCGUCAAGCCUCUGUUGCAGCCCGACGAGAUCAAGAAGAUCAUUUCCAUCGUUGAUGGUGCUGAGCCCCUCAUCGCCUCCCUUGGCCAGCUCGACCUUCAGGAUCUCAUCAAGCAGCUCGAGCCUAUCAUCAAGCAACUUGGCCAGCUUGACUUGAGUGGUAUCCUCGACGCCCUCAAGCCUCUGCUCGCGCCUGAGGAGAUCAAGAAGAUCAUUUCCAUCGUUGAUGGUGCUGAGCCUCUCAUUGCCUCCCUGGGCCAGCUCGACCUUCAGGAUCUCAUCAAGCAGCUCGAGCCUAUCAUCAAGCAGCUCGGCCAGCUCGAUUUGGCCAGCAUCCUCGACGCCGUCAAGCCUCUGCUUGCACCCGAUGAGAUCAAGAAGAUCAUUUCUAUCAUCGAUGGUGCUGAGCCCCUUCUCGCAAGCCUUGGCAAGGUCGACCUGUCUAAGUUGUUUGACCAACUAGGCCCCGUCCUCGAGGCUAUUGGCCAAAUUGAUCUUAAGGGUCUCAUUGACACGAUCGCUCCCCUUCUUACGCCUGAGACUAUUCAGGGCGUCGUCCUUCUGCUUUUCAACGUUGAGCAGCUCAUUACUUCUGAUUUCGUGGAGCAAACCCAGUCCCUUAUUGCUGGUGCCGCGCCCCUCGUGGCUGGCCUUGCCAAGGUUGACCUGUCUAAGUUGUUUGACCAACUAGGCCCCGUCCUCGAGGCUAUUGGCCAAAUUGAUCUCAAGAGCCUUAUUGACACGAUCGCUCCCCUGCUUACGCCUGAGACUAUUCAGGGCGUCGUCCUUCUGCUUUUCAACGUUGAGCAGCUCAUUACUUCUGAUUUCGUUGAGCAAACUACGUCUCUUAUCUCCAACGCAGGCCCGCUUGUCGCCUCGCUUGGUAAGCUUGACCUGCAGAAGCUUCUUGACCAGUUGGGACCUAUUAUUCAGGAACUUGGCCAGCUUGACCUGAAGAGCCUGUUUGAUGCCCUGAAGCCCCUGCUUAGUGCUGAGACUAUUGGCAAGCUUGUUGACAUCGUCAACGGUGCUGCGCCACUCAUCGCCAGCCUGGGCAAGCUUGAUCUUCAAGAUAUCAUCAACCAGCUUGAGCCGAUCCUGAAGCAGGUUGGUCAAUUGGAUCUGGCAGGCCUCUUCGAGGCUCUGAAGCCCCUGCUUAGUGCUGAGACUAUUGGCAAGCUUGUUGACAUCGUCAAUGGUGCCGCGCCACUCAUCGCCAGCCUGGGCAAGCUUGAUCUUCAGGAUAUCAUCAACCAGCUUGAGCCGAUCCUGAAGCAGGUUGGUCAAUUGGAUCUGGCAGGCCUCUUCGAGGCUCUGAAGCCCCUGCUCAGCGCAGAGACUAUUGGCAAGCUUGUUGAUAUCGUCAACGGCGCUGCUCCUUUGAUCGACAGCCUCGGCAAGCUUGAUCUCCAGGACAUCCUCAACCAGCUUCAGCCAAUCCUGAAGGAACUCGGCCAAUUGGAUCUGGCAGGUCUCUUCGAGGCUCUGAAGCCACUCCUGAGCCCUGACACCAUUAAGAAGCUUGUUAACAUCGUCAACGGUGCCGAGCCCCUCAUCGCCAGUCUUGGCCAGCUCGACCUUAAGAAGUUGCUUGAUCAACUCGGCCCUCUUCUGGAAGAGCUUGGACAGAUUGACCUGGCAGGCUUGUUGGCCGCUCUCAAGCCACUCCUUACCCCCGAAACUAUUCAGAAGCUCGUCAACAUUGUUAAUGGCGCCGAGCCCCUUAUCGCCAGUCUCGGCCAGCUUGACCUUAAGAAGCUGCUUGACCAAGUCGGCCCUCUUCUAGACGAGCUCGGACAGAUCGACCUGGUGGGUCUCUUGAACUCUCUUAAGCCAUUGCUCAGCCCCGACACCAUUAAGAAGCUGGUCAACAUCGUUAAUGGCGCCGAGCCCCUCAUCGCCAGUCUUGGCCAGCUUGACCUUAAGAAGCUGCUUGACCAAGUCGGCCCUCUUCUGGAAGAGCUUGGACAGAUCGACCUCAAGGGUCUCUUGGAUGCCCUGCAACCCCUGCUCACCAGAAACACCAUUCUUGGAAUCAUUGAGCUGCUGCAGAACGCCGAGGACCUGCUCACGAAGGACUUUGUUGUCGACACUCGUGCCCUUAUCAAGGGUGCCAGCCCGCUCAUCGCGAGCCUCAGCAAACUUGACCUUGACAAACUCAUCACGCAGCUUGGUCCGAUCCUGGACGAAGUCAGCAAGCUCGACCUCAAGGGUCUCUUUGAUGCCCUUGCUCCGCUCCUCACUCCCCAGACCAUCUCCGGUCUUGUACAGCUCCUCGCCAACGCCGAGUCGCUACUCACCGCCGACUUCGUCAACCAGACCAAGACGCUCAUCGCUGGUGCCCUCCCCCUUAUCGAUGCUCUCAAGGAUGUUGACCUCAAGAGCCUGCUCGCGCAGCUUUCGCCUCUUCUCAACGCCCUGGGUAAGAUCGAUCUCAAGGGACUUCUUGAUGCCGUCAGUCCUCUUCUUACCCCCGAAGCCAUCCGUGGUCUUCUCGGCCUUCUCGGUAACGCCGAGGACCUGCUCACCGGCGACUUUGUCAAGGACACCAGGAGCCUCAUUGCUGGCGCGGGUCCUCUGUUGGCUGCUCUUGGUGGUGUUGACCUCCAGGGUCUCUUCAAGCAGCUCGGACCACUUCUUGCUAGCAUCAGCAAACUGGAUCUCGCAGGCAUUAUUGACUCGCUCGCUCCCAUCCUGUCCAAGGAGAGCAUCCAGAAGAUUGUUGGUCUCCUCACCAACGCUGAAGAUCUGCUGUCUCCCGACUUUGUCCAGCAGACCAAGGCCCUCAUCGGCGAUGCUGGUCCUCUUCUGCAGGCCGUCAAGCCUCUGCUUGCUGCUCUGUCUGAGAUUGACCUACCUAGUCUGCUCAAGUCUCUUGGUCCUCUCCUUAAGCAGCUCAGCCCUCUGCUGGAUGCUCUGGGUGAGAUUGACCUCAAGGGUCUCCUCGACGUUCUCAAGCCUUUCCUCACGCCUGAUUCGAUCAAGAAGGUCCUGGGUCUGGUUGGUAACGCCGAGGACCUCCUCACACCCAAGUUCGUCAAUGAGACGUCUGCUUUGAUCAGCGGUGCCCUGCCACUGGUCGAGGCUCUCGACAACGUUGACAUUCCUGAGCUCCUCAACAACCUGAAGCCGCUGCUCGACAUGGUCAAGCCUCUGCUUGGUGCUCUUGGCAAGAUCGACCUCGAGGGUCUGAUCGAGGCCGUCGCUCCUCUGCUUACGAAGCAGACCGUUGCUGGCAUUGCCACGCUGCUGCUCAACGCCGAGAACCUCCUGACGUCUGACUUUGUCAGCAACACGCAGGAGCUGAUUGGCGAUGCCACGCCGCUGGUUGCCACGAUAUCCGACCUCUUGUCAGCCAUCUUCUCAGCGCUCUCGGGCACGCCAAGCAGUGGCGGCUCGUCGUGA